AUGAACACAACCCGACGCCCUCGACUGAACGACGACAUCAUGUAUCUCAUAUUCCCGUACAUCGACACGUCCAACAUGGCCAUGACAUCCUCGCAUAUGUACGGAUUCGUAUUCUCUCAUCGCUUUGCAGACGAGUUCAUAGGAGCCGGCCGAAGAGGGAAAGCACGAGCUGAAUUCCUCCUCCAGCGAGACCCACUCUUAGACACGGUCCGCGCCUCGAACAUUCGCCGCCUUAUCGUGAUGGGCCCACACAACGAGACUAUCGACUUCGCCACGCAUAUUUUGCCUGUCAUUCAACACUCGGCAGUGAAGUUGCGCAGCUUGAGCGUCGGAACUUCCCAGAAAGACGCGUUCAACCGCGAUCCUCGCCUGCUCGCCGCGAUUACGACCAUGCCGAAGCUCAUCUCGCUGUACCUCUCCUUGGAUCCGACACUUUUCUCCCACUUGUCCAAUUUCCCUUCCGACACUGCUAUCGAGAUUCUUUAUCUCGUAUUCUCGGGCCCGGCGGACGACCUCCACCACGUUACGUUCUCCGCUUUUGUCACGACCCUCGCCCGCUUUCCUCGUCUGCGCGACCUCGUUUUCGGGUUCCUGGACUUGCUCCUCGGCCCAGUCAAUCCAAUCGCACCGCCAGGACUUGCUCCCCUCCCGAGCCUGGUCAGUCUUACCCUCAGAGAUCGCAGCACCGUCGCACUUCCACUCUGCCCGCUCUGCCCCCGCCUCUCCUCCCUGCGCUGCGAAAGCGGCCAGGUCGAGUCCUCCGCUAUCGCCUCGGAACUCGAACCAUACACCGGCCCGCGGUGGCCCUCGAUCCGCUCCCUCUCGCUGUCCGUACCCCAUGACGCACCGCUGCUUGUGCACUGGCCCGUCGCGAACCGUGUGGCCUCGGGCUCUGCGGGCGUCGCGCGGGUGCACAUCGAACGCUGGAGGGCGGACGCGCGCACGCUCGACGCCGAGUCGGACGUGGUGGAGGCGAUCGGGCUCCCACAGCUGCUCCCGGCGAUGAAGCCCGUCGCGCUCGUCCUCGACAUCCUCCCUUCUACUGCGCCUGCGCCUGUGUCGACGACCCCCGAAUGGUUUCCCGAACCAACGUGGCUGGCGAUCGCCUCUGCACAGCUCCGGCUGCGCUCCCUCGACCUCACCAUCGGCGGGCACGCGCCCCGGGAUGAUCUCGUGCCCAUAGUCCCGUGCGUGCUGUGCACCGCGCUCGCCGGCCUGCCCCUCGUGCACCUCGCGAUCGAGGAGUGCGCGCACUACACCGACGCGGGGUUCCCCGUGAGCUACGCGGCGGAGCUCGCGCGCGUCCGCCGGCUGCUGGGCGCGCCGCGCGCGCUCGUGGACGUGCUCCGGUCGGUGUGCGUGGUGCAGGUGCGCGGGGCGUGUCCGGCGGUGCUGCCGCGCACGGCGGAGGAGGUUGGCGAGCAGGAAGAGGCCGAGGCGGCGGCGCUGGCGGAGCUGCGGCGGAUUGAGAAGGAGGGGGUGCAGCGGAGGGAGCGGUGGUGGUGGGCCGAGGACGUGGUCGGGGCUGCCGGCAGUGAGUGCGAGUUGGUGGAGCUCUGGAGGGAGGACGGGGAGCGUGCGAGGGAGAUUGUAGAGCGCGAGGACUUUGAUGCGAAGACGAGCUUCGAUGGCUUCAUGCUGCCCAAGUGUAUCUACCGUCCGUAA